AUGGAUGAAGUACGGUCAUCCAUUCAGUCCGACGAUACUUUGAGAUCUGAGAUCAGUAGCCUGAGCAGUCCAUCAGUCUGCGAUGAUUCGAUAAUUGAAGAGCAGACCGAGCUCUUUCAGGACAGCAAAACCUCCGAGGUUGAAAAAUCUCUGAAAGAGGGCUGGACCGACGAGGACCACACGGCUUCUCACAGCCAACUACCAACCGAGGAAAAGAAAGACAAUAUAUCGACCGAGACGUCGGAGCUGAUCUGCGAUGACACGGUCUUUCCUCUUCAUCGCAGCAAAUGGGCAGCAAUCGAUUCGUUCAGCAUCUGCAUCCUGGGCGUCGGAACCUCCCUCAUCAUCGGAGUCCUCAUCUUUCUGAGCUACAUUUGGAACGGUUCCAUGCGGGCCAUGGCUGGAGAUAACAUGGAGGAAUCCUUUUGGAGUCAAAUCGUAUUCUCCGACUGGACGUCUAGGACCGUCACCGUCGCUGCUGCUAUUCUACGCAUCUGCCUCUCCCUUCAAAUGGGCGUGUUCACUGCGAUGAUAGCGUCUCUCAUGAUUGAGAAGUCCGGCGUUUCCCUUAAUGUCGCUCCGUCGAUCGCUUUGUUCGCCUCGACAGCGCUGCUAACCGACUCCUCCAUGGUUAACGUCACCGGUUCACGCACGACGUCCGAAAUUCCGUACGCCGAAAAGCCGUAUCUUGGUUACGUCAUGAAGGCUUCUAAAGCGUGGAGUAUGCAGCCGGGAACGUAUUCACGCUUUGCGGAGAAAAGGAUAGAUCUCAAAGAGUCACGAUCCGAAUCAGCAACGGACUAUGAAGACACUGGUCCUGUUACUCGCACGAUCAUGCCCUUCUUCAGCGAGUCGCAACGAACCGGUUUACGAAGAUAUGAUGGGCCCGCCGCCGUUCUCGAUUCCAGAGUAUUCUGCAUGCUGCCUGUCGUCCGCAACCUCACGUUCGAGUUUCCAUUCCGGCACCUUCUGGACACGACCGACACCUUUGGAUACCAUAGUAUCCAAGUCUCCCUGGGAUCGCACCUGGUCUUUCAACUGCAUAGUGUCCGCUGGCAAAACGGCCAAAAGCGCAGCGGAGCCGAGACCAACAGAUGA